UCUUCAUCCAACUACGUGCCAUCAACAAGCUACAACACUCAGCAGUACAAUCCCAGCUCAUCCUACAGUGGAUCCUAUUACAGCCCGUCGUCAGGUUACAGUAAUCAGCAAUACAAUCCAAGCUCGUCCUACGGCUACUAUAGUGGAUCAGCCAAUCAGAACUAUAACCCAAGCUCAAACUCGCCCACCAAGUACUACGACGCCGUUCUGAACACCAACCUUGGCUAUCCCAAUCAAAACCAGCCACAACAAUACCAGUACAGUACUGGCUAUGGCCAAGCGAACAGUAAUCAGAACUAUUAUGGACAAAACCAGCAAUACUCCAAACACCCAACAACAGUACGGCCAACAGCAGUACGGUCAACAGUAUGA